AUGACCACUUCUUCCCCACUCGCUCUCCCAACCGCUGGGGUUGGUGGAGCGUACUACGACAAGGCCUUUCAGGUUCCAGUCUACCCAAAUUCCCCCAACGACCUGGCGACCUGGCGUCUGCUUGACACCUGGAACAACAUCAUGGUCAGCUAUGCCUGCACUCAAGGAAUCGCCACAGGUCUCAUCUGGGCCACACUGACCUACCUGCUCGCCCUGACUCCGGACAGCAAGAGAACCACUCCAUUCCACAGCUUUAUGCUCGUGGGCCUGGUCUUUCUGCUCAUUCACAUGAUGAUUGACAUUGUGUCGUCCCUUACCCCAGGCAUUCAACUUCUCACAGCUUACACCGCCGUCACAUUCGACCUCGCCAACAGCAUAUGGACCACAAAGUUCAUCGCAACCUUUGCCGCCAGUCAAGUCACAGGAUGGUUCGCUUUCGUCUUCGCUGCCAUCUGCCUCAGGAUUCAAGCCAAGGGGUUGAUGACCGGUCUCCGAGUCCGCCGCCCGGGCGUCUACAAGAUCGUCAUGGGUUACCUUGUCCUGACCUCCAUAGCCGCGUUGGCCGCCGGCAUAACAUACAGCAUCCACCAAAUGACGGUUCUCGGCGAGCCAGCAACCAGUGACGCACGGGCCAUGGACGUAACAUACACCAUCCGGGUGGCGUACCUGUCCUCGUAUGCCAUUAGCAUCGGAAGUUACAGCUUGGUCUCAAUGCUCGCUGUGAUGGACAUCGUGUGGAAGCGUCGUACGACAAUAUCGGGAGGCGGUCCGUACGCGUCGGCUUUGAACCUCGUCGGCCUGCUCUGCGCCCAGUCCUUCGUCAUCCCAUUCCUUUUCUGCGUCCUGCAGUUGAUACCUCUCCAGACUGGGAUGAUGCAUCCGGACCUCAUGCUGCUGCCCUCGGUCUACAUGAUCCUGCCUCUCGGCUCGCUCUUCAUAACGGUCAAUUCGAAACCUAACCCCAACGUGGGUAACGGUAACGUCGAGUCUCCCUGGACGCCGGCCUUCCCAACCAACAAUUGCAGGUCGCCAGCCCAGGAUGCCUACACCGACAGCGACAUGAUCCUGACACAUCAGGCUGCGCAUCCAGGCCCUCGCCCUACCUCUCAACACGUGCACGGUAGUGCCCAUAUCGACCGUGAGCUCAGCACCAUCGACGCCAUGGAAUGUGGCGAGAGUGCACGAGGACGACGAGGAACCGACGCUGAGGCUGAGGCUGAGGCUACGGCAAUGUUGCUGAACAAGGACAGCCAAGAGAAGGAGAUGUGGUCCAUCCGAGAACGGCAACGACCUAAACAAGACCCUGCAUAG